ACAAACCGCCCACAUCCGCGCAGUCUAUCAGGCUGGUACUUUUCCCUGGCUCCGAGUCAAAACCAAAGACGAAGUUUCUUGAAAAGCGAGACUCGAACCGAACAGCCAUGGCAGAGCUAACUCAUAUGAUAGACAGCGAGGUGUUCCUGGCCUUCUCUACCUACGCCACUAUCAUCGUCCUCAAGAUGAUGCUGAUGUCUCCCAUGACUGCAUACUUCCGCUUCACGAGAAAGGCAUUUGCUAACCAGGAGGACACCAGUCUGGCCUCCUCGACAGAGGACAAGAAGAAGCUGGUCAGGGUGGAUCCUGAUGUGGAGAGAGUACGAAGAUGCCACCAGAACGACCUGGAGAACAUCAUCCCGUUCGUAGUGAUUGGUCUGCUGUAUGCCCUGACGGGGCCCGACCUCUCCACUGCUCUGCUUCACUUCCGGGUGUUUGUUGUUUCCAGGCUCUUCCACACGGUGGCCUACGUCCUCCCUCUGCCCCAACCCAGCAGAGCUGUGACCUUCCUCAUCGGACUGGUCACCACCAGCUCUAUGGCCUCUAGGGUUCUGAUUACUGCGCUUUAUCUGUAGAGGCCUGAGGGACACAUCCACACAUCCACACACAUCCACACACACACACACAUCCACACACACACACACACACACACACACACACACACACACACACACACACACACACACACACACACACACACACACACACACACACACACACACACACACACACACACACACACACACUACAAGGGCCUUGUCUUUGAGGGUCUCCAUUGAAUGUGCUUGAGGAUACAUUUACGUUUAUCAAAGUUGUUCCUUCCGUGUCUGAUUGGAUUAUAACAUGCUGUUACUGCAGUACAUAUCAGAAUGUUACUGCAGUACAUAUCAGAAUGUUACUGCAGUACAUAUCAGAAUGUUACUGACAGUACAUAUCAGAAUGUUACUGCAGUACAUAUCAGAAUGUUACUGCAGUACAUAUCAGAAUGUUACUGCAGUACAUAUCAGAAUGUUACUGACAGUACAUAUCAGAAUGUUACUGCAGUACAUAUCAGAAUGUUACUGCAGUACAUAUCAGAAUGUUACCGCAGUACAUAUCAGAAUGUUACUGCAGUACAUAUCAGAAUGUUACUGACAGUACAUAUCAGAAUGUUACUGCAGUACAUAUCAGAAUGUUACUGACAGUACAUAUCAGAAUGUUACUGCAGUACAUAUCAGAAUGUUACUGACAGUACAUAUCAGAAUGUUACUGCAGUACAUAUCAGAAUGUUACUGACAGUACAUAUCAGAAUGUUACUGCAGUACAUAUCAGAAUGUUACUGACAGUACAUAUCAGAAUGUUACUGCAGUACAUAUCAGAAUGUUACUGACAGUACAUAUCAGAAUGUUACUGCAGUACAUAUCAGAAUGUUACUGACAGUACAUAUCAGAAUGUUACUGCAGUACAUAUCAUAAUGUUACUGACAGUACAUAUCAGAAUGUUACUGCAGUACAUAUCAGAAUGUUACUGCAGUACAUAUCAGAAUGUUACCGCAGUACAUAUAACAAUGUUACUGCAGUACAUAUCAGAAUGUUACUGCAGUACAUAUCAGAAUGUUACUGCAGUACAUAUCAGAAUGUUACCGCAGUACAUAUCAGAAUGUUACUGCAGUACAUAUCAGAAUGUUACCGCAGUACAUAUCAGAAUGUUACUGACAGUACAUAUCAGAAUGUUACUGCAGUACAUAUCAGAAUGUUACCGCAGUACAUAUCAGAAUGUUACUGACAGUACAUAUCAGAAUGUUACUGCAGUACAUAUCAGAAUGUUACUGCAGUACAUAUCAGAGUGUUACUGCAGUACAUAUCAGAGUGUUACUGCAGUACAUAUCAGAGUGUUACUGCAGUACAUAUCAGAAUGUUACCGCAGUACAUAUCAGAAUGUUACUGACAGUACAUAUCACAAUGUUACUGCAGUACAUAUCAGAAUGUUACCGCAGUACAUAUCACAAUGUUACCGCAGUACAUAUCAGAAUGUUACCUCAGUACAUAUCAGAAUGUUACUGCAGUACAUAUCAGAAUGUUACUGGCAUUACAACAGUACUGACAGUACAACAGUUUCCACUAGAAAUUGGAGGCCACUCAGGGACAAUCUAAACUUGAUGAGUAAUGCCGUUCCCUCUAACAGUCGUCCCAGAAUCAAGCCUCUGUUGAGUCUCAUUCUCUAUUAGCAGCAACAGGAUGUUGAGGCCAGUCAGUUCAGAAAAUAAAAUUUCAAGAGUUUAAUUUGAUUCA